AUGGCCGCCUCCACCCCAGAUUACCCACCGGAAUACGUGAACCACGAUGAUGGUCCUCGCGUCGUACGCGUCAUGACGGCCGUUAUCACGCUGGCAACCAUCUUCGUGGCACUUCGUUUCGCCGUACGCUUGAGACUUCGAGUCCGCUUUGCGCUCGACGACUGGGUCGGCUUGGCCUCUCUCCUCGUUGUUUGGGCGGAGUAUGUCGACGGCUAUCUCUGCAUCAAAUACGGCGGCGUCGGGCUUCAUCUACCUAUUGCUCUGCAGCGUAAACCGGAUGCCUUGAGAUACACUUUCAUUUACAUGUUUGCAGGCGAACUUCUCUUCUUCACCGGUCUCGCACUCAUCAAGUGGAGUAUACUCGCCAUGUACUACCGCAUUUUCCCGACGCUAUUCAUGAAAUGGGGAUACGCCGUUCUCGGCUCCAUGACUGCUGCUUGGUGGGUCGCCGUCAUGCUCACGACCGUUUUCCAAUGCACGCCCGUUCACAAGUACUGGGAUCUCGCCACCCCAGGGACCUGUAUAAACGCAAACACCUUUUACAUCAGCACGAAUGGAGUGCCCAACAUUGUGAUGGAUGCCAUGAUCCUGUGUCUGCCAAUGCGCGAGGUCUACAAGCUCCACGUGUCGCGUAAACUCAAGCUGGCUAUUGGAGCGAAUUUCUUGAUCGGCUCCCUCGUCAUCAUAGCUAGUAUCAUUAAGCUGUGCGUAAUGAUACAGCUAUAUCGAAUGGGAUCCGAUGCCGAUGUCACCUACUACCUAGCGGAUUUGAUCAUCUGGGUCGAGGUCGAGCCCUGCAUGGGCAUCAUCUCAGCCACCCUUCCUACUCUUCGCCCGCUGCUCACAUUCUUGCUGCAUCAAGUAGGGCUCAGUCAGAACUUGUCUGAUCGCGCUUCUACGCCUGGCAGGCCAUCACUCAUCACGUUUGGUCGUGGCAACAUGCAGAAGAAGAAGAAUGGUUACAACACUACCGCAAGCAUCGACAACGAUCACGAUUCCCUCGAAGGCUUGAGCGGCUGGCCCGAGGAGCAUCACCGCACGGCAACUGCCGCGCCUGGUGACAACAAAGGAGGGGCAAUAAACCUUACUAAAUAUACGCCUGGCUCACAGCAGCACAUUAAUGUCAGAACUGAGAUGGCAUGGACCGAGUCAAAUCGGUAUUGA